CGCCACAUUUAAUUGACCAAUCCUGUGUCCCGUACGGAUAUGUAAACAGGAAAGGUAUACUGUGGAUGUAUUUUAUGACGCAGUACGACAGAUGUGGUACAUACCUUACCUCGUCUACUGAGGAAUCCAUUUACCACAAUGAAGUGACAAUUCCACAUGCUAUUGAUGUAGCUUCUGGCACCUACCGCGAAAACAGUAAGAAGAUUGCCGUUCGAUGUCGCUUCGAGAAUACCGCCGAAUUAUCAUUAAGCUUCAUUGCGCACGAAGUGGUGAAAGGUUCCAGCCAGGAAAGUUCUGGCAAUCUUACGUUUCAACUGCAAUUGUACACGGAUGAAAAUUUUACACAACCAAUACCGAGAUGGAGUUAUCCAGUUACGUUAGAUAUUGGCACCAGGGUAUAUGUUGGUGCUAAAGUUGAAACGUUCUCGACAGAGAUGACACUUUUUAUCGAUUCCUGCAUUGCAUCACCAACACAAGAAGCAGAUACAGAGCCAAAUGUUAAGUUAAUUGAUCAGCGGUGUCCAAAGGACGAUCCAUCGUUAAUUUUUCAUUCCCUGGGAGUGGCCGGUGAAUCAGCAAAAAAUGUGUUGUUUUCGUUCGAUACCCUUGGAUUCGUUGGAUACAGUUCGACGGUAUUUCUGCACUGCAACAUGUCAAUAUGUAAUUCUACUGACUGGCGAUGCUCGUCUUAUUGUAACCAGCGUAUGAAACGAAGUGUUGAUAACACGGAACUGAAACAGGACACAUAUCCGGUCAUGCUAGGUCCAAUAAUACUUAAACAUAAUGAUGACGUGUCUUUCGGUCAAAUAGAUAAAUCGGCCAAGAAGACGAGCACGGGAGGAAACGUCAUGAUGUUAGUUGGUGUGAUGACGUUUUUAGUGGGAUGUGUGUCGUUGGCACGAAGCGUCAAAAACCGUAAAAGUAGCUUAGGGUACAAACCACUGAUUGGCGGCGAGCAAGACAUUGAAAAUGUUUCCCCUUAUGCCUAGCUAGGCUAUAUGUUCGCUCCCGACAGACCUAAUCUGUUCUCACUACUGUUUUAACAACUUUAACUCUUAAUAAGUAAUUAUUUGCCCAAUUUUUCUCACUUUAGUUUUUACUUUAUCGUUUAGUUUUGUAUUUGAUUAUUAAUUAGUAAAUGCACCUAAUUUUUUGUUUUUGUUUUUUUCCUCAUGUAGGCUUAGUUAUUACCGAAAGGUCUACUGAUUAAUCUCGGAUAGUGUAGUCAAAGUUGUUUAAGUUAAUAUAGAUGUUUUGAUUAAUUUUGUUGAAUAUUUUCGGAAGUCACAGUUUCUUCUGUUGAUUGUGGGGUUUCCCACUUUAAUUGCUUCUGCGUGUGUCAAUAAUUAACUUAAUUAAUGUACAGUGGAUACAGCAAAUUGUGUUUAUCUUUUUUUUUUGUGCUUUUGAUCGCCAUGUUCUUUUUUGUUGUUCUAUGGAUUUAAAAUUCUGAAAUAAAAGAUGAAUGAAUGGGUAUAAUGCAUAGGCGUACUCCAAGUAUCGAAAUGCACACCAUCGAUAUAAUUAAUGUCGAAAUAUUGCGUGCAUUUCGAUGCUUAGAGUAUGUAUUAUACCUGUACUAUCUUACCUAGUUAUUAGUUUUUGGUUUUGCUCUGGCCUAGU